CCGUCAGCGUUCACAUUCAUCUCAAACGUGUUUAAUAGAGUUUAGGUCAGAGGUCAGGAGAUUUCUACACACUUCCAGCCCAUGGAAAGCAGAUCUUAAUGGAGCUGGUUUUGUGUACAGGAGCAUUGACAUGCUGGAGCAGGUUUUGGGUCUUGUUAAUGACUAAGAAAAGACUCCAGAAGUCUCGGUGAAAAGCAGUGGAUUUGGGCAGUGAUGAUAAUGGUCAUAAAGUCAUAAAGAAUAUGACAAUUAUUCUAACACGUUUGUUAUAAUUCUUACAUCACUAAACAUUUAUAAAUAUGUGACUGAAUAUAAAGGUUUCCUGGACGAAUCAAACAAAUCAAGAAUCGACAUUGAGUCACUGAGUCUUAGUCUAAACAACUCCGUUCAUAAGAAUCGAUUGAGUGAGUCGAUUCGUAGCGGACACCGGGAUUAAAUGAGCCCUGGUGUUUAUAGUAAAUCUCAGUCCCACCCCGGGAAAUCACCACCAACCCCACCACCCCCCACUCCGUCCACACCGCGGCCUGCUCCGGACAACUGCUCCUGUUUCCAUCUCCCAGUCCGCGGCGGAGACCCGGGACGCGUGUGUGGUGUCUGUUCUCUGGACGUGUUAGAAAGCUGGAGGCUGCAGCCGGAAAAGUUGGAGGAGAGUGUAUUAUCUGAAGACAAGAGGUUGACGGUGCAAGGCUCCUCCCCCGAUGCCCCGCCCACCUGCAUAACUGCUCGCAUGCGAGAAAUUGUUACCAAGAACCUGAAUGAGAGAACCGCGGGCAGCAUGUCCUCACUUCUGUCCCUGGAAGAGGAGAACCGAGUUCUUCAGAGUGAACUGAGUUGUGUGGAGGACCUGCUGGCACACAGCCGUGCCGACCGCGAUGAGCUCGCCAUCAAAUACAGCGCCAUCAGUGAGAGGUUGGAGCAGGCUUUGCGUUUAGAGGUGGGUGUCAGCGACAGCGACUCUCCCGAGUGUGUGAGUUUGUCUCAGCAGGUGGUGGAGCUGCGACAGCGUCUGGAUGAAGAACAAAACGCUUACAAACGCAAACUCGCUGCUUACCAGGAGGGGCAGCAGAGACAAGCGCAACUCGUCCAGAAACUACAGGCCAAGGUUCUGCAGUAUAAGAAGAAGUGCAGUGAUUUGGAACAGUCUCUCCUCGACAAAUCAUCAGAGCAGAGUGGGUGUGAAAAGUCAUCUAAUGGUCAGGACGAGUGCAGCAGUGAGCUGGAGACAGUCCUCAUCCGCCUGGAGGAAGAGCAGCAGAGGAGCAGCAGUCUGUCAGCGGUGAACGCGAUGUUGCGUGAGCAGCUGGAACAGGCCGGACUGGCCAAUGAAGCGCUGAGUCAGGACAUCCGCAGACUAACUGCUGAUUGGACCAAAGCGAGGGAGGAGCUGGAGCAGAAGGAAUCUGAUUGGAGGAGAGAGGAGGAGUCCUUUCAUAACUACUUCAGCAGUGAACACAGUCGGCUGCUCACGCUGUGGCGGCAGGUGGUCAGUUUCCGCAGGAGUGUGUGUGAGAUGAAGAGUGCCACUGAAAGGGAUCUGUCAGUGAUGCGCAGUGACCUGGCUCAGGUGGCUCAGAGCGUCCAGCUGCAGUGUGUGUGUGUGUGUGUGGCGGUGCGGAGUCGCGAGGACGGCUCGGCGUUGGCUCUGGAACGCGAGGCGGCUCAGCGUCUCACACUGGAACAGCUGCUCCGAGAGAAAGAGAGCGAAAUCUCAGAGAGCCAAUCAGAGAGAGAGAAACUCAACAACAGGCUGGCGGACGCAGAGAGAGAGAUGGAGAGACUCAGAUCUCGAGUGGACAAGAAAGAGAGCAAGAUCACAUCCCUCACUCAGAGAUUGCAGGAGCGGAGCGAAGAUGAAGAGUCUGAGCUGCACACACUACGAGCUCACACUAACACACUUCUGGACACACUACAAGACAUCGCACAGUUGAUGAUGUCAGAUUCGGACUCAGGUGUGUUCAGCUCGUCAGUAGAGGCCGAAUCAGAGAACAGCGUUGUGUCUCUGUUGCCAUUGAUGCGCAGCUCCUCCCCUCAUCGAUCCUCAUCACCACCCAGAGCGGCGUCUCCACGGCGAUCAUCAGCCAUUGCGGAAUCUGCCCUUACAUCCUUGCGUGCCAUGGCAACCAGUAGACAUCUGCAGCUACAGGAGGUCAAAGGUCGCCUACAGUCAGCGCAGUCUUCCGUCCAGCAGCUGCGCAGACAGCUGGGUGAGGCGGAGUCAGGCAGGAGGGAGGCGGAGCUACGCCUGCAGGUCAUUCAGGCUGAGAGAGUUGAUGCUCAGAGGGAGAGAGAGACAGCGGAGAGAGAGAGAGAGCGACUCCGGCAGGACAUAGACAAACUCUACAGUGAAAAGGAGUGUGUGCAGCAGUCUGUGCAGGCUUUGCAGACAAAGCUGCAGCUGCUGCAGAUGGAUUGCGAGAGACUGCAGCAGGCUGCGGCGUCUGCGCAGAGAGAGAAAGAUCACGAACGAGUGGAGAGAGAGACGGCUAUGCAGGAGAGAGAUCGAGCCAGAGCUGAGACUGAGAGAGUUCAGUCUCAGUUGGGACAGAAUGAGAGUCGCUGCAGCUCUCUGCGCUCUGAACUGGCUGCAGUAAAGGAGACGCUCCAGCAGGGGGAGAUAGAGAGAGACCUGCUUCUAACUGAGAAGAGCCAACUGACUGACACUCUCAGCAAGGCGGAGUCCAGUAAUGCUGAGCUUAUGGUGUUGAUGGUGAAGCUGCGCUCUGAGGAGGCGUCACUGCGAGACUCUCUGGCUAAAAUGAGCAGCUUAAACGAGGGACUCGCUCAGGACAAAGCAGAACUGAACACCAUCAUCAUCCAGCUCGAGGAGGAGAAGAGUGUGCUGCAGGGGCAGAAAAGAGAGGCAGUGCAGGAGAAGUUGACCAUCAGAGACGAACUCGUUCGCCUGGAGCAGGAACGUCUGGAGCUGGACUCCGCCCACAUCUCUCUCCACCAAUCACUGCAGGAGUCUGAGCAGGCCAGGGCAGGACUGGAAACAGAGCUUCACAUGCUCCGGAUGGACAGACAGAAACUGCAGGAGAAAGUUGCACAGCUGUGUGGUGAAGUGAGCUGUUUGGGGGCGGAGCUUGGCACCAUACGUGGUGAAGGUGAGAGACGGGGCGUGGCACUGGAGGAAGCCGGGCGAACAAGGGCGGAGCUUGCUCGUGAGAGGGCGGGGCUUGUGGUUCAGCUUACAGCGUCUGAGAGGGAUAACGCUUCCCUAACAGAGGAGCUCGUGGCCUUCAGGGUGGAGAGGGAGGCACUGGAGGCGAGUGUGUUUGAGGUGCAGCAGCAGCUAAUGCAGUCGGACUUGCGCAAAGAGCAACUGGAGAAUGAAAACCUCAACCUCAGAGCGAGAAACGAGAACAUCACAGCGGAGCUGAAGCGAGUGCGUGUGGAAGCAGAAACAGCUGCUGUACAGAGUGAGAGGGAGAGACAGGUUCUGAAGCAGGAGCUGAUUAAUGCUCACCACGAGGCUCAGCUGUCUCUCCGUAAUGCCCUAUCCGACCACCAGGAGGAGCUGGAGAGACUCGCCGAUGACAAGGAGGCUCUGCGCUGCAGUCUCCAGGCCGAGCAGGAGGAGGCGCUGCGGCGUGUGAGGGAGGAGAUGGAGGAGCGUCUACAGAAGAUGGAGCGAGAGCGUGAGGAGAUGCAGGAAGAGAUACGGGCGUUACAACACGCUCGAGAUCAGAGUCUCCUACAGGCUGAGAGCGACAAGCAGCAGGCUCUGUCCCUGAAGGAGACGGAGAAGGCCAUGCUGUCAGAGAGAGUCUGCUCUCUACAGGCCGAGCUGAGCUCUGCUAACCUGGAGCUGGAACGACUGACUAGAGAAACACAACACCUGAAGGAGCAGGAGAGGACUGCAGUAGGAACAGUGAACACUGAGCUGCAGGAGCUGCGUAAGCAGCUGGAGGACACAGUAAACUCUAACAGACGGGAGCUGCGCAGACUGCAGGAGAACUGCACAGAGGAGCAGAUACGUGCAGACACCACACUUAGAGAGUUGGAGGAAUGUCGCGCUAUUCUAUCAGCCAGCGAGGAGAACCGAGACACCACAAGGCAAAACCUUCUGGAGAUGGAGAGACGUCUGAGCCAAUCACGUGACACUGGGGAGGGGCAUAGACGAGACACGGUGGAGCUCCGACGCUCUCUUGGUGAUGUCACUAAAGAGAAGGAGGCUCUUAACCAAUCAAAUGGCCAGCUGAGGGAGGCACUGAGAACAGCGGAGAGCGAACGCAUUAGUGUGAAGCGUCAGUAUGAGGAGAAAGAGCAGCGUGUUGCCGUGCUGGAGGAAACUCUGGCAUCUGCACAGAAGGAAGUUGGGGAUCUGCGCAGCUGUCUGCGAGAGGUGGAGCGAUCACGACUCGAGGCCAGGAGAGAACUGCAGGAACUACGCAGACAGGUGAAGGUGGUGGAUGUAGAGCGGGAGCAGAAAGCCAGAGAAGUGGCAGAGCUCCAAACUCGUCUCUCACUGGAGGAGCAGAAGGAGGAGGAACGAGGGAAGGAGCUCAUCUGCAUCAAGCAGAAACUCUCUGAGGCUGAAGCAGCCAGGAACUCCCUCAGAAAAGAGCUGUCGUGUGUUCAGAAGCGUUUGAGCGACAGUGAAAGCUCCAGGCGUGGACUCGAGCGGGAUUUGAGCUCUCAGCUGCAGGAGGCUCGUGGCUCGGAGAAGAAGCUGCAGGAUGAAGUAAGGAACCUGAGCCUGCGGGCUCAGGCCGGGGUUGAAGCAUUUGCGCAGAUUCAGCUGCAGCUCAGCGAGGCACAGGGGCGCCUCAAUGCCACGGAGGCAGAGUUAACGCGUUCCGAGGCCGCGCGCCGUGACCUCGAGUUCCGAUUGGCCAGUUUGCAGUCGGCACUGACUCGCACGCUGGGUAUCGGUGCAGGGGGGCGGGGUUUGCGUGGACGCAGCCCUGCCGGCUCCGCCCACUCGUCGCUCAUUUCCGUGGCGAUGCCCCGGCACCGGAGCGUGUCUCCUCUACGUGGCUCUUUAUCGCCCCCUAAAGAUGUUGCGGAAAAGUCCAUUAAGUCCAGUCCUGAUCACACGACAGCGUCUCGUCCCCUGUCCCCUGAGAGAGGAGACACACCCAUCUCUCUCCUCCAACCCGACCUCGACCCCGAAACACUCCGGAACGGCCUUCGAGACUUCCUGCUGGAGCUCCGAGAAGCCCAGAGAGAACGGGAUGAGGUGCGCAGCCAGUUGGGGGUGCUACAGCAAGAACUAGAGGAAAUCAAAGGAGAGAGGGACUGUGCUCAAAACCGUGUCACUCAACUUCACAGCACACUGCAGGAGUGUCAGGAAGGUAAGCGGAAUGUAGACAGUCGCUUGAACUCCACUCAGACAUUACUGCAGCAGCAGGAGGUGGUGGUGAGGAGAGGAGAGAGAGAGAAAAGGACUCUCAGCGAAAGAGUGAAAGAGCUGGAGAGAACACUGCAAAACACAGAGAUGGAGCGCAAACAUCUACAGGAGCAGUGUAAUAAACUCCGGGCGGGGGAGGUUCGUCUGGAGGCGGAGCGCCGGAGACUGAGGGAAGCCCUGGAAGGGGCGGAGUCAAGGGCUACAAGGGUGGAGCUUGGAAGGCGGAGUCUGGAAGGAGAGAUUCAGCGGUUGCGAGUGUGUCUGGCCGAGAAAGAGACGGAGGCGCAGAGUGCUCAGGACCGACAUGAUAACAAGCUCAAACAGGUGGUGGAGGCCGAGGCUCGUGUCUCAUUGUUACAGAGGGAAGUAGACAGAGUGACAUCUCUGCUCAGUAAAGCUCAGGAUUUGGAGUGUGUUCAGAGAGACAGAGUGCAGAGUCUCAGUCAGAGCCUGCAGGACAACAGUGCAGCCAACAGCGCCACCCAGGGGAGACUCGCCACACUGCAGAAAAACCUUACACACACUGAGCAGGAGCGCAAACAACUGCAGGAGCGUGUGGACAGCAUGCGAGCGUCUCUGUCUGAAGGAAAACAUGCUGUAGAGACUCUGACUGAGCGCAUACAAAACCUGCAGGCUGAACUCACACACAGCCAAGUGAGAUGCCAGGAGCUGGAGACAGAGCUCUCUGAUACACAAGAGGCAUUGCGUGUGCGCUCAGCCGCCCUGUGUGAGGCGCAGCGUUCUCUGCAGACGGCGCAGACAGAGCGUGUGUGUGUGGAGGAGCGAGUGUGUGUCCUGCAGCGAGCCGUGGCUCUGUUAGAGACCGAGAAGAAGGACGCAGAGAGACAGGCGGUGCGUCUGGAGAAGGACAAGAACGCACUAAGGAACACGCUGGAGAAGGUAGAGCGUCAGAAGCUGAAGACGGAGGAGACCACCAUGCGUUUGUGUGCAGAGAAGGAACGGCUGGAUCAGUUACUGAACACAACGGUGCAGGAACUACAACAUGCACAGAGGCAGAUCACUCUGCUGCAGACCCAGCUCACAGAGUUGGAGGCAUCACAGAGUGUGAGUGAGCUUGACGAUGCCCUGAAGGAGGUGGAGCUUCUAAAAGCCAAUCAGCGUGAGGUGGAACGACUGAGAGCGAAUCAGAGAGAGGCGGAGCGAACACUGGCCAAUCGGGAGCGAGCUCAUCGCCAGAGAGUGAAGGGACUGGAAGAGCAGGUGUGCACUCUGAAGGAGCAGCUCCAGCACGAGAUACGGCGCAGACAUCCGUCUCUACCGCUGAACAACUGAUCCCAGGUCAGCUUGUGCCAACACACUGAUCUCAAAUCAGGAGUCACCGUGGAGACCAGCAUGUGACCUGAUACAGAUCUGUGUGUGUGUGUGUGUAAGUGUGAGUGUGAGUGUGAGUGUGUGUGUGUGUGUGUGUGUGUGUGUGUGUGUGUGAGAGAGAGUGUGUGUGUGAGUGCUUUGAACACUAAUGCCUGCAGAGACUCAGCAGCACUGAUAUGAGCUCAGCAGGUCCAUGGGCAGCUUCUCACUCAGGUGUGUGUGUUUUACACUCUAAAAGACUGACUUUAGUUUUUCAGCAGUUCUUCAUGAUGUCACACCUUUGAUGUUAUUCAUGUUGCAUGGUCACAUGACUGUAAUUCUGUACUCGUAGAUGUUAGGAGCAUCUGUUCCUCUGGUAUUGUUAUCGAAGGUAGCGUGUGUGUGUGUGUGUGUGUGUGUGUGUGUGUGUGGGUGUGUGUGUGUGUGUGUGUGUGUGUGUGUGUGUGUGUGUGUGUGUGUUCGUUCAACACUGGUCCAUUCUGAAACUCGUCCCACACUGGUUUAUAAAGAUUUAUAAGUGUAUUUCCAUUUAAUUAUUAUUUUCUGGAAAGCUGAAAGAAGCUAAAAUCACGCUCUGAACUAUGAAAAUUGUUUUAACUGUGUGGGGGAAAGUGUUUAUUAAUGAUAUUCAACUCCUGAUUAUUAAUUACAAAUAAAGUAAAAAAAAAGGCACAAUUACAAUGUAAACACAAUAAAAUUACUGUUUUUACAAGGAAUAUACGUUUAAAGCUUUUGGUUUUAUA